AUGGCUGCCGGCAACGUACAGAUCCCCAAACUGACCGACGGCUACUUGGGCCCACAGGCCAAGUUCGAAGCUUACGGGCUCACCCUCGUGUCUCACGGCGACCCGGUCAUCUUCAUGCAAGAUGAUCAGAAGGAAGUGGAGAUCAUUCUAGGCAUCCAGCCGGGGACGAGGGUCACGAUCAAACUCUUGUCCCACGAGAGAAAACAGGAAUGCAACGACUACUGCCUGAUCAGACAACUGGGGCCCAACUACCUCUUCCUGAUUCGCCCGCCCCUGCCCGGUUUCUACAAAUUCCAGAUCUACGCGCUCCCAAGCGACGAGGCCGGUCCGCAGAUGCUGGGCGUGUACAACUAUCUCAUUUACAGCCCCCGCAGCUUUGGGGACAAUCCUUUUCCCAAGCAGUACCCGCCGUGGAAGGACGGCUGCUACCUGUACGAGCCGAUAUCCUUGCCCCGUGGGAUCAGGGACCCCAUGGUUAAGUUUAAGGUGCUGAUCCCCAAGGUGAGAGACGUUCAAGUGAAAGUCGCCGAGGAAUGGAACCCGCUGCAGCAAUCGGAGCCGGGGAUAUUCAAGGGGCUGGUAGACUUUAGCCUCGGUUACCCUUCAGGGGCUAAGGCGAAACUGAAUGUUCAAUUCGCUGGGAACAAUUAUAACACGCUUUUGGAAUAUUCGCUUUAA